GGGGUCUGCACGCAGGCCGUUGAGUGUCCCUGGUGGUGGGAUCUGCUUCCCGGCCUCCCCGCCCAACCCGAAGGGGCGGGGCCUCACGAUAUACCUCUCAGUGAUCCCAAGGGGGUGGAAUCUGGUUCCGGACGUCCCCUCCCAGACCCUAGGGGGCGGGGCCUCGCUGUAGGCCUUUCUGCGUUUUUCAAGGGGGCGGAGUCUGGAGCGUGGGGGUGAAGACUCCCCGUAGAGGCCACAGGGGGCGGGACCGGCGCGGCCUCCCCGGUUCCUUUGAGGGCGGGGCCCGGAGGUCGUCGCGGAGGAGAAGCUGGGGAAUCGAGGCCCGCGUCUCAAACCGACUGACGGCCUGACCGACCGAUUACCAUGGCUGUCUCGUUGCUGGUCCGGGGCUGCAGCCGGGUCAGCCGAGCUUUCCGUCCCCGGGGCUGGAGUCAGCUGCACACCGUCUACCAGUCAGCAGAGCUGCCCGAGACGUACCAAAUGCUUCGCCAGACGUGCCGGGAUUUUGCCCAGAAGGAGCUAAUCCCUAUUGCUGGGCAGCUGGAUAAGGAGCACUGCUUCCCUGGGGCCCAGAUCAAGAAGAUGGGGGCGCUCGGGCUGCUGGCUAUGGCUGUGCCUGAGGAGUUCAAUGGAGCCGGGCUCGACUACUUGGCCUACGCUAUUGCUUUGGAAGAGAUCAGCCGGGGCUGUGCGUCCACUGGAGUCAUCAUGAGUGUCAACAACUCUCUCUAUUUGGGGCCGAUCCUUAGCUUUGGAUCCCAGGAACAGAAGCAGAAAUGGAUCUCACCCUUUACCAGUGGUGACAAGAUUGGCUGCUUUGCUCUCAGUGAACCAGGGAAUGGCAGUGAUGCUGGAGCCGCUUCCACCACUGCCCAACUGGAUGGAGAUUCGUGGGUCCUGAACGGCACCAAAGCCUGGAUCACCAACUCCUGGGAAGCAUCGGCGGCCGUGGUCUUUGCCACCUCCUCCAAGUCCUUGAAACACAAGGGUAUCACGGCCUUCUUGGUUCCCAUGCCAACGCCUGGGCUCUCCCUGGGGAAGAAGGAAGACAAAAUGGGCAUCCGAGCCUCGUCCACGGCCAACCUCAUCUUUGAAGACUGUCGCAUUCCUAAGGACAAUGUGCUGGGCGGGACGGGCACGGGCUUCAAGAUCGCCAUGCAAACCCUGGAUAUGGGUCGGAUCGGCAUCGCUGCCCAGGCCCUUGGCAUUGCCCAGGCUGCCUUGGAUUGUGCCGUGGACUACGCCGAAAAGCGCAUGGCCUUUGGCUCCCCUCUCACUAAGCUGCAGAGCAUCCAGUUCAAGCUGGCAGACAUGGCCCUGGCCUUGGAGAGUGCCCGACUGCUGACCUGGCGGGCAGCCAUGCUCAAGGAUAACCAGAAGCCCUUCAGCAAGGAAGCCGCCAUGGCCAAACUGGCAGCAUCUGAGGCUGCCACUCAGAUCGCCCACCAGGCCAUUCAGAUCCUGGGUGGGAUGGGCUACGUGACAGAGAUGCCCGCCGAGCGCCAUUACCGAGAUGCCCGGAUCACGGAGAUCUAUGAGGGCACCAGCGAGAUCCAGCGACUGGUGAUUGCUGGGCACCUGCUGAAGAGCUACCGGAGCUGAGCCCACUGGGGAGGGAGGCUUCGGCCUGUGCCCGGCUCCUGCCUUCACCCAUAGGCUGCCAGGAUCUGCCAGGCUGGCCCUUUGGGGAACAAAAAGGCCCGCUUUGUGAGCUUGUGCCUCCCUCCUGAUCCCAAACCUGCCCGGCCACCACGAGCAUCUCCACCGACUGCAAACCUCAGGGAAAAGGCUGCCGCAGAGGGAGCUCUGCCCAAGCACCCCGUGCCGCAGUUUCCCCUCUAGGAAACGUCACAUCCAGCGCAGUCUUCUGGCGGAAGGUUACGGUCCUUGGUGCCGGAGGCCCAGAGGCUGCAGAGGUGGAGCCCCAACACUCCAGGGAGGAGGCCCGAGGGGAGCCGGGGCUGCCAAGUGCCUGGAGGACCCCGAGAAGCCCCAGGGAAUCAUGUGACCCAAUAAUGGAGGGAAUGGGGGCUCCAGCUUUGUUUUUAUUAAAUUCUGUUUACAAAUGAA